GCAGGUUCAGCGAAACACGCUCCAACACCAUUCGCGAUGCCAACGGCGGUUUGCCCGUCGUCGAGCAUGUCUAUUGGCCGGUUAUCUGCUCUGGCUCUGCACAGCCGAGACUUUCACUGGAGCACGGCGAGCUCUUUAUUGCACCUCGCCGAAAUACGUCACCCGCGGCUGGUAUGAGGUGUGUAUUUGGAUUUGGUCCAGAACGGCAGAUGGUAGGUUUUGGUUGCCAUGUAUACUAGCUCUGACCCUUGUUCUUCUUCUUCUCGACUCAUCCCGACUCUCUUGUGUUUUUCAACACACGACCGCUAUUGUCUACGACCAUGCCUUCCGUCCUGUCGAGCUCUCCCUUCCUCAGUCUGCGUCCAGACAAGGACUGCGGUCGGAACAAGGGUUCAAGCGGGCCGCCCUCGCCCCCCAGCAAGAGCUUCCGGUCAGUCGCGAGCCCAGCAUUGAGCGAGCGGAGCGGGAGUAAUUACUUUGGCGGCGGCAGCAGCGUCGGCAACGGCCAGCCCUCCACCGGCUACACCACCCCGCGCGAGGACAACUACGACAACGACGAUGAGUUCCUCCGCCUGGACAAGCCGCAGCAAGACAUCCUCCUUCUGCAUGGACCUCGUCAGAAGUACCAGUUGGAGCGCUCCAUGGAGCUGCCCGAGCUGAAGCACCCCGAUGAGAUUCUCGUGCAGGUUCUCGCCAUCGGCCUCAACCCUGUCGAUUGGAAGGGUGCAGACUACGAUUUUGGCCAGCCCAGCUACCCGUGGGUGAAUGGCAGGGACUUUGCCGGCAUUGUCAUCAGAGCCCCGAGGCGACCCAGUAGAGUGCAGCAGGGUGACGUCGUUUUCGGACCCAGCACCGACUACCGAGACAUCAGGAAAGCCGCCUAUCAGGAGUAUGUUGUGACCACCGACUACAACGUCUCACGCAUUCCCAAUGGCGUGAGUGUGAAAGAAGGCGCUGCGUUGGGCGUCGCCUUCACCGCCGCCAUUAUUGCCCUCGGUGUCAGUUUCGGACUCGACUUUUCCAAGAUCCGCACUGGUCCGCGCGGCCCCGAUCUUCUCAGCCAGGUGCGCAGCUUUGAUCCGCGGGAGUUGCCCGAGGACAUCCGCGACGAGAUCUUCGGCGGCAUCGCGUCCAGCGAGCGCCCGCAAGCCGGAGACUGGAUUGCAGUCUGGGGUGCCAAUGGCGUCACUGGACAACUCGUUGUUCAGCUCGCUAAGCUGGCCGGUCUGAAGGUUGCCUGCGUUGCAGACCUCGCCAAGGGAGGAGCGAUCCUCAACAACAUUGGUGCGGACUUUAUGGUGGACAGGUAUGACUCGGGUCGCGCCAUCGAGAUCCUCCGCGCCGUCACGGGCGGCAAGCUCCGCUUCGGUAUUGAUGUGGUUGGUAAGGAAACUGCCGACAGCCUCCAGAAGGCUUUGCAGCAAGAGGAGUCGGGCCCCAAGUCCCAUUUGUUGGGCUUGAGCGGCAUGCCCAAGAACAAGGCGCUGGGCGUGGUCCAUCACCAGGUGCCCAUCAAGGUCUUCCAUGAAGCCCCAACCGUUGGCGAGACGAUCUCCCGUUGGCUCGAGGAUCUGCUGAUUGCCAAGAGCUUGAAGUUGCCCGAGGUGAGCGUCGCGUCUGGCGGCCUCAAUGGCGUCAACGAAGCUCUCGACUCGCUUCGCUCGGGUCAAGUGUCCGGACGUCGCAUCGUCGUCCCCGUCGGCGGCGGUGAUGGUAACGGAAAGAAAGACGACGAGAACCUGCAAGGACCCGCCGGCACUGCCGGUCUCUACGGCACGGGCGGCGCAGCGGACCUCAGCUACCACGAAGCGCUCAACUCAGACCCAGACCGCAUCAAAUUCGCGUACUGGGUGCCCAACGUGUCCGGCGGACUGGUCAUCAGCAAGAUCCCGCAGAAGACGCACUGGGAUUUGAAGUCGAACCAGCGCUACGCGCAAACGGCGGAGAGAUGGGGCUUCGAAUAUGCGCUGUCGCAGAUUCGUUUCAUGGCGGGUUACGGCGCGGACAGCCAGCACGAGCCCGUCUCCAUCUCCCACGCCCUUCUUGCGGCCACGGAGAAGCUGAAGCUGAUUGUUGCGCUGCUUCCUGGCCCGUGGAACCCGGCUGUGGCUGCGAAGAUGGUUGCAUCCAUUGAUUGCUUCACCGAGGGGAGGACCUGCGUGAACAUUGUCUCUGGAUGGUUCAAGGCUGAAUUCACCAGCAUCGGACAGUGGUGGCUCGACCACGCCGAGCGGUACCGCCGUAGCAGGGAGUUCAUCGAGUGUCUCAAGGGCAUCUGGACUCAGGAUUCCUUCACCUACCGUGGCGAUUUCUACCAGUUCAAGGACUACCCUCUCAAGCCGAAGCCAUUGAGCUGGCCCGGACGACCGCACCCCGAGAUCUUCCAGGGUGGCAACAGCGACGACGCCAAAGAGAACGCGGCGACGGUCAGCGACUACUACUUCAUGAACGGCAACACGCUCGAAGGCUUCCAGGCGCAGAUUGGCGAUGUCAAGGAGCGCGCGGCCAAGAACAACCACCCCGUCAAGUUCGCCAUCAAUGCUUUCGUCAUCUGUCGCGAGACUGAGGAGGAAGCGUAUAAUGUGCUGGCUGAGAUUCAGGGCAAGGCUGACCCGGAGGCUGUGGAGGGCUUCCGUCAGCAGGUGCAGAAUGCUGGUGCUUCCACGAAGAACAACUCUGGCAUGUGGGCCAACUCCAGCUUCAAGGAUCUGAUCCAGUACAACGACGGCUUCAAGACGCGCCUCAUCGGCACCAAAGAGCAAAUCGCGGAGCGCAUCGUGCUCCUCAAGGCUCUUGGCGCCUCCAUCCUCCUCACUGCCUUCCUGCACUACGAAGAGGAAAUCGAGCAGUUCGGGCGCGAGGUCAUCCCGCUCGUGCGUGACCUUGAAAAGAAGGGCCGCGGCAAGGACGUGGAGUAUGAGAUUGAGCAGACGGGACACGUGUACGCCGAGUCGAAGCCCGAGGACUCCAACCAGGCCGCUGUGUACUCCAAGCACGGAUGGAGCAAGAAGUAGGGGCCGGUUAUUAGUGUAUGCUUCUGCUUGUCUUUUUGUUUGAUACCUGAUAUCGAGGCUCUUUCGAGAUGUGGAAUGGCGAGGCUGGAUCGAUAGCACGGGCAGAGUAGGGGAUGGGCUUGACUGGGUGAACAUUGUACAGCAGUUUGUAGACCUGGUUAUACACAAGAACAAAUGUAUACAGCACCGCCUCCAUUUCAUCCCAAC